AAUAGAAGAAGGUGGUCACAUUUGUCCAUUCUCAUCCACAAACCACUAUCGACGAAAGGGUCGUAUAUCUGCCGAAGUAGUUUCCCUUUUCCCCCUUCGAUCUUCUCCGAUUCGAUUCCAUAUUCCUCCGUCAAAAUGAACGACGCAGAUGUCUCCAAACAAAUCCAGCAGAUGGUGAGGUUUAUCCGCCAGGAAGCCGAAGAAAAAGCCAACGAGAUCUCUGUUUCCGCCGAAGAAGAAUUCAACAUCGAGAAGUUGCAGUUGGUUGAGGCUGAUAAGAAGAAGAUCCGUCAAGAGUACGAAAGGAAAGAGAAGCAAGUUGAUGUUCGGAAGAAGAUUGAGUACUCUAUGCAGUUGAAUGCUUCACGGUUAAAAGUUCUUCAAGCUCAAGAUGACGUGGUCAAUAAAAUGAAAGAGGCUGCACAUAAAGAGCUCUUGAAUGUGAGCCGUGACCAUCAUGUGUACAAAAACCUUAUAAAAGAUCUCGUUGUUCAGAGUUUGGUGAGGCUGAAAGAGCCUUCUAUUAUAUUGAGGUGUCGGGAAGAGGACCUACACUUGGUAGAGGAUGUGUUGGAAUCAGCUGCUGAGGAGUAUGCUGAGAAGGCAAAAGUUCAUCUACCAGAGAUUGUUGUUGAUAAGGAUGUCUAUCUUCCACCUGCACCCAACCAUAACAAUCCCCAUGAUCUUUAUUGCUCUGGUGGCGUGGUAUUGGCAUCUCGAGAUGGAAAGAUUGUGUUUGAAAAUACACUUGAUGCACGUUUGGAUGUAGUGUUCCGUAAUAAACUCCCACACAUCCGCAAGGAGCUCUUUGGACAAGUUGCUGUUUGAAGAAUUUGGUUGUAUUGUUUCGUUUCACCAAGAAUAUUUAUAAUUUACUGCAGAGAUUGUCUGUGAGGGGAAUAUGUGUUGUGCCAUUGCUCCUGUAAACUUACUAUUAUUGCCCUUUAGUAACUUCAUUUUUUUUUUGUGUCGUUCACUUAACUUUUUGUAUUUGAUGGGGCGUGCGAUGCUCUAGAAGUUAGUGAUAGCGAUAAAUGUUCUCAGCCAAAGAAUAAGUGCUUGCUAAAAGCAUAUCGCUGCUGUUAGCUUCUCUGUGAUGAAGUAGAAAAUCUAUUGAACAUUGCUGUCAAUAUGUGAUAGAAGGGGAUAUUGUUAUCUUAUUAUUAUGAUGUUUAUCGUGCAAUUAAAGAAAGUGUAUGAAAAAAUAGAUAAAACUUCAUCUGUAUUCAAUCCAAUAUGAAUUUUAGUUCA